AUCUGAUUUAUGGCGAUGUGUUGUGUGUAUUUGUGCAAUGUUUUUAAUAUAAUUUGAGCUACGUUUCUUUAAUAAAAUAAGUUAAAAAUGGAUGAAGUAGCAAAAUUAGAGCACCUUUCAUUGGUGUCAAAAAUUUGCACUGAGUUGGACAAUCAUUUGGGGCUAAACGACAAAGAUUUGGCCGAAUUCAUCAUUGACUUGGCGGACAAAAAUCCGACGUUUGACGCAUUUAAAAAGGCUCUGAUUGAAAAUGGGGCAGAGUUCUCGGACUCGUUCAUGACGAAUUUACUUCGUAUUAUCCAGCACAUGAAACCAACAAACUCGGCCACUCAGAAAUGUAAUGAACCUUUAGAGAGCAAAGAUCCCCUAGCUGCUAAGUUUCCUGGCUUAGCCAUACCUAAUGACAAACCUCAAAAAUUUUCUUCCGAUGAAGAGGUUAGUGAAGAUGAAAAAGAAGAAAAGAAAGGCAAAAGAUUAACUACAAAAGACAUAUUUAAAGAAGAAAAAGCAAAAGGUUCAGGUGACACAGUUGUUGACCAGGCAAUGGCUGAAUUAGAAGCAUUAGCACCUUCAAAUUCUAUAAGUAAAAAGCAAGAGACCAAGAAAGAGGAUGUCAAAAAACAUGAAAGAAGUCCAAGCAGAGACCGCAAAGAGAGUAGAACCAAGAAAAGGGAUUCUUCUAGAGAUAGAGGCAGAAAGAGAUCUCGGAGCAGAGACAGGAGGAGUCGUAGUAGAGACAGAAGAAGUCGUAGUAGAGACAGAAGGAGUCGUAGUAGAGACAGAAGGAGUAGGGAUAGAGACAGGAGGAAAAGGUCAAGAAGUCGGCAUCGGCACAGAUCUAGGUCCCGUGACAGACAUAGUAGAUCGCAGUCAAGAAGCCGUAGAUCCCGGUCUAGAGGAAAGAGACCUCAUUCUAGAGAGAGAGAUGAAAAAGACAGAUAUGGAGAUUAUGCGAAGAAGAGGAAGCGAAGCCCAGAACCAGAGAUCAGUGAUGAUCCUGAGCCAGGCAAGAUCUACAACGGACGAGUGGCAAACAUAGUGCCGUUUGGGUGUUUCGUACAAAUUGAGGGUGUACGUAAGAGAUGGGAGGGAUUGGUGCACAUCUCACAACUGAGGUCCGAGGGCAGGGUCACCAACGUGGCUGAGGUAGUGUCUAGAGGAGAUAAAGUCAAGGUGAAGGUGCUGUCAGUGACGGGGCAGAAGGUGUCUCUGACCAUGAAGGAUGUCUGUCAGGACACCGGGAAGGAUCUGAACCCUACAUCACAUGCUCAUCUGGAGGCAGAGCGUGAAGGCCGCAACCCGGACCGGCCGCCGCCCGCCGCCACGGUGCUGGCGGGGCUGCAGGGCGGGCUCGACCCCGACGAAGACUCCAGCAGGAAGAGGGUCACCAGAAUAUCCAGUCCUGAACGGUGGGAGAUCAAACAGAUGAUUUCAUCGGGCGUGAUCGACAAGAGCGAGCUGCCAGACUUUGACGAGGAGACAGGUCUACUGCCGAAAGACGAAGACGGAGAAGCUGACAUCGAGAUCGAACUGGUGGAGGAAGAGCCUCCCUUCCUGCAAGGCCACGGUAGAGCUCUCCACGACCUCUCUCCAGUGAGGAUAGUAAAGAACCCUGACGGUUCGUUAGCCCAAGCCGCCAUGAUGCAAUCAGCUCUAGCCAAAGAGAGAAGAGAACAGAAGAUGAUCCAAAGAGAACAAGAAAUGGAAAGUCUUCCCACUGGCUUGAACAAGAACUGGAUCGAUCCGUUACCCGAGACGGAUGGGAGGGCCUUAGCGGCGAACAUGAGAGGGACGGGUAUAACUCCUCAAGAUCUGCCUGAGUGGAAGAAGCAUGUCAUUGGGGGGAAGAAGUCUUCGUUUGGCAAGAAGACUAACUUGUCGCUGUUGGAGCAGAGGCAGUCGCUGCCGAUUUAUAAGCUCAGAGAUGAGUUGACCAAGGCGGUGGCAGACAACCAGAUCCUGAUCGUGAUCGGCGAGACAGGGUCGGGGAAGACGACCCAGAUCACGCAGUACCUGGCGGAGUGCGGGCUCACGGCCCGCGGCAAGAUCGCGUGCACGCAGCCGCGCCGCGUGGCCGCCAUGUCCGUGGCCAAGAGGGUGGCCGAGGAGUUCGGCUGCCGCCUCGGCCAGGAGGUCGGGUACACCAUCCGCUUCGAGGACUGCACCAGCCCCGAGACUGUUAUCAAGUACAUGACAGACGGCAUGUUGCUCCGGGAGUGUCUAAUGGACCUGGACCUGAAGUCCUACUCAGUAAUAAUGUUAGACGAGGCCCACGAACGCACCAUACACACAGACGUCCUCUUCGGCCUCCUCAAACAGGCCGUGCAAAAGCGUCCAGAACUAAAGUUAAUAGUGACCUCGGCUACUCUAGACGCUGUCAAAUUCUCCCAAUACUUCUUCGAAGCUCCAAUCUUCACUAUACCAGGGAGGACGUUCCCUGUGGAAGUGUUGUACACGAAGGAACCGGAGACGGACUACUUGGAUGCCUCGUUGAUCACCUGCAUGCAGAUACAUUUGCGAGAGCCGCCCGGAGAUAUCUUGCUGUUCUUGACAGGCCAAGAGGAGAUCGACACGGCCUGCGAGAUCCUGUACGAGCGCAUGAAGUCCCUGGGGCCAGACGUGCCCGAGCUGAUCAUCCUGCCGGUGUACUCGGCGCUGCCCUCGGAGAUGCAGACGCGCAUCUUCGAGCCCGCGCCGCCUGGCUCGCGCAAGGUCGUCAUCGCCACCAACAUCGCCGAGACCUCGCUCACCAUCGACGGGAUAUACUACGUCGUGGACCCCGGCUUCGUCAAGCAGAAGGUGUACAACUCCAAGACGGGCAUGGACUCGCUCGUCGUCACGCCUAUCAGCCAGGCAGCGGCGAAGCAGCGUGCGGGUCGCGCGGGCCGCACUGGGCCGGGCAAGUGUUACCGCCUGUACACCGAGCGCGCGUACCGGGACGAAAUGUUGCCCACACCCGUGCCCGAGAUACAACGGACGAACUUGGCCACCACUGUGCUACAACUGAAGACGAUGGGCAUCAACGACUUGCUGCACUUCGACUUCAUGGACGCACCGCCCGUGGAGUCUCUCAUCAUGGCGCUGGAGCAGCUGCACUCGCUGUCCGCGCUCGACUCCGAGGGCCUGCUCACCAGGCUGGGGCGCAGGAUGGCGGAAUUCCCUCUGGAGCCGAACUUGUCCAAGAUCCUCAUCAUGUCGGUGGCCCUACAAUGCUCCGAUGAGAUCCUCACUAUCGUCUCCAUGCUCAGCGUUCAGAACGUGUUCUACCGCCCCAAGGACAAGCAAGCACUCGCCGACCAGAAGAAGGCAAAGUUCAACCAACCAGAAGGAGAUCACUUAACUCUCCUAGCGGUGUACAACAGCUGGAGAAACAACAAGUUUUCGAACGCAUGGUGCUAUGAGAAUUUCGUGCAGAUAAGGACGCUGAAACGCGCGCAGGAUGUCAGGAAACAGCUGCUUGGGAUUAUGGAUAGGCACAAACUGGACGUAGUAUCGGCGGGUAAGAACACAGUUCGGAUCCAGAAGACCAUAUGUUCCGGCUUCUUCCGGAACGCAGCCAAGAAGGACCCGCAGGAGGGGUACCGGACAUUGGUCGACAGCCAGGUCGUCUACAUACAUCCUUCUAGCGCGCUGUUUAAUAGGCAGCCUGAGUGGGUGAUCUACCACGAGCUAGUGCAGACGACUAAGGAGUACAUGCGCGAGGUGACCACCAUCGACCCCAAGUGGCUGGUGGAGUUCGCGCCAGCCUUCUUCAAGUUCAGCGACCCCACCAAACUGUCCAAGUUCAAGAAGAACCAACGCCUCGAACCACUCUACAACAAAUACGAGGAACCAAACGCCUGGAGGAUCUCUCGAGUCCGCCGAAGAAGGAAUUAAAUAAUAAAGUACUAAAUGUACAUUUUGUUGAUGGCAACCCUAAAAAAAUUAACACAAAAAUGGCGGCAUUAUUUCUCUAUUUUCUUUAUUAUAAUUAUGGAUAAGCAAAGACUUUACGCCAUGCAGCUUCAUUUGAAGUCAGUGCUAUUGUUCAUGUUUAUAAGAAUAUUUUAAUGCCUGGAAAAACGAUCAGCGUAUUUAACGUAAAAAAAAAAACAAAAGCACCUAGUUACAAUGUUUUUCCGGUAAAUAUGUCUGUCAAUCAAAUCCUGUAUUUUAUGAAUAUGUGUUGCUGUUGAGUUUCUUGUGCCACUUAUUCUCCUCAGCUCAUAACAUCUGAAGCGGUAGCAGGGCACAAAUUUUAUUUUAAAAGCUCAUCAUCGUUAUUUACUAUUUAAACAAAUAUACAUAAUUCCUUUUUCCUGCUGUGUAUAAAAGUCAUACCUCAGUAGUUUUUGUGAGGCCGAAGAAUAUAAAUUAUGAAAUUUUAAA